GGGGGCUUUUUUUUCAUCCCCGCGUGACAAGCGACUUCCGGCGUGGAGGGGCGGUGCGGUGCGCGCGGUUGAGCCCCUGCUGUUAAAGCUAGGGAAGCUGCUGGGUGGCAGGGGGAGCGCCAGCCGCCAUGGAGGCCGUUCCCCGCAUGCCCAUGAUCUGGCUGGACCUGAAAGAGGCCGGUGACUUCCACUUUCAGUCAGCCGUGAAGAAGUUUGUCCUGAAGAAUUAUGGAGAGAACCCAGAAGCCUACAAUGAAGAACUGAAGAAGCUAGAGUUGCUCAGACAGAAUGCCGUUCGUGUUCCACGAGACUUUGAGGGCUGCAGUGUCCUCCGCAAGUACCUGGGCCAGCUCCACUACCUGCAGAGUCGGGUCCCCAUGGGCUCAGGCCAGGAGGCCGCUGUUCCUGUCACUUGGACCGAGAUCUUCUCAGGCAAAUCUGUGGCCCAUGAAGACAUCAAGUAUGAGCAGGCCUGCAUUCUCUACAACCUUGGGGCGCUGCAUUCGAUGCUGGGGGCCAUGGACAAGCGGGUGUCUGAGGAGGGCAUGAAGGUCUCUUGCACUCACUUCCAGUGUGCGGCCGGCGCCUUCGCCUACCUGCGUGAGCACUUCCCUCACGCCUAUAGCGUUGACAUGAGCCGGCAGAUCCUCACUCUCAAUGUCAACCUCAUGCUGGGCCAAGCUCAGGAGUGUCUUCUGGAAAAGUCCAUGUUGGACAACAGGAAGAGCUUUCUAGUGGCCCGCAUCAGCGCACAGGUAGUGGAUUACUACAAGGAGGCAUGCCGGGCCUUGGAGAACCCUGACACCGCCUCGCUGCUGGGCCGGAUCCAGAAGGACUGGAAGAAGCUUGUGCAGAUGAAGAUCUACUACUUUGCAGCUGUGGCUCAUCUGCACAUGGGGAAGCAGGCUGAGGAGCAGCAGAAGUUUGGGGAACGGGUCGCAUACUUCCAGAGUGCUCUGGACAAGCUCAAUGAAGCCAUCAAGCUGGCCAAGGGCCAGCCUGACACUGUGCAAGAUGCGCUUCGUUUCGCUAUGGAUGUCAUUGGGGGAAAGUACAAUUCAGCCAAGAAGGACAACGAUUUCAUCUACCAUGAGGCCGUCCCAGCACUGGACACCCUUCAGCCUGUAAAAGGUGCCCCCUUGGUGAAGCCCUUACCAGUGAACCCCACAGACCCGGCUGUUACAGGCCCUGACAUCUUCGCCAAACUGGUACCCAUGGCUGCCCAUGAAGCCUCAUCACUGUACAGUGAGGAGAAGGCCAAGCUACUUCGGGAGAUGAUGGCCAAGAUUGAAGACAAAAAUGAGGUCUUGGACCAGUUUAUGGAUUCACUGCAGCUGGACCCUGAGACGGUGGACAACCUUGAUGCCUACAGCCACAUCCCUCCCCAGCUCAUGGAGAAGUGUGCUGCUCUCAGUGUCCGGCCUGACACUGUCAGGAACCUCGUCCAGUCCAUGCAAGUGCUGUCAGGUGUGUUCACGGAUGUGGAGGCCUCCCUGAAGGACAUCAGGGCCCUGCUAGAGGAGGAUGAGCUGCUAGAACAGAAGUUGCAGGAGGCAGUGGGCCAGGCGGGGGCCAGCACAGCAGUUUCCAAGGCGGAGCUGGCAGAGGUGAGGCGAGAGUGGGCCAAGUACAUGGAGGUCCAUGAGAAGGCCUCCUUCACCAACAGUGAGCUGCACCGCGCCAUGAAUCUGCAUGUUGGCAACCUGCGCCUGCUCAGUGGGCCACUGGACCAGGUCCGGGCCGCCCUGCCCACACCGGCCCUUACCCCUGAGGACAAGGCAGUGCUGCAGAACCUGAAGCGCAUCCUGGCCAAGGUGCAGGAGAUGCGGGACCAGCGUGUGUCCCUGGAGCAGCAGCUGCGUGAGCUUAUCCAGAAGGAUGACAUCACCGCCUCGCUGGUUACUACAGACCACUCAGAGAUGAAGAAGUUGUUCGAGGAGCAGCUGAAGAAGUAUGACCAGCUGAGGGUGUACCUGGAGCAGAACUUGGCUGCCCAGGACAAUGUCCUCCGGGCACUGACAGAGGCCAACGUGCAGUAUGCAGCUGUGCGGCGGGUGCUUAGCGAACUGGACCAGAAGUGGAACUCCACUCUGCAGACCCUGGUGGCCUCCUAUGAAGCUUAUGAGGACCUGAUGAAGAAAUCCCAGGAGGGCAAGGACUUCUAUGCGGACCUGGAGAGCAAGGUGGCUGCUCUCUUGGAACGGGCACAGUCCACCUGCCAGGCCCGAGAGGCGGCCCGGCAGCAACUCCUGGACAGGGAGUUGAAGAAGAAACCACCACCAAGGCCUACAGCCCCAAAGCCACUGCUGCCCCGCAGGGAGGAGGGCGAGGUGGUGGAGCCAGGAGACCUGCCCGAAGAGCUGCGCAGCCUGCCCCCCGACACCUUCCUGGGAGCUGCUGCCCGGCUCCACUUCCCUCCUGGCCCCUUCCCCAGCUCUGCAGGACCUGGACCCCACUAUCUCUCAGGAGUCUUACCGCCUGGGACCUACUCGGGCCCCACCCAGGUGUUACAGCCCAGAGCCCCCCCGGCCCCUGGGCACCCUGCAGUGGCCAUGGCACCUGGACCUCCCCUCUAUGCAGCCCCAGCUUUCACCCCAGAGCUGGGCCUUGUGCCCCGAUCUUCGCCCCAGCAUGGUGUGGUGAGCAGUCCCUAUGGGGGGGUGGGCCCACCUCCACCAGUUGCAGGCUUGCCCUCAGCCCCACCCCCCCAGUUCUCAGGCCCUGAGUUGGCCAUGGGGGUUCGGCCAGCUACCACCACAGUAGAUAGUGUCCAGGCCCCCAUCUCCAGCCACACAGCACCACGGCCAACCCCCACCCCUGCUCCUCCCCAGCCCUGCUUCCCCGGACACCCACCACAGCCCCUCCCCAUGCCCUAUGCCUACCCUGUGGGGGCCAAGCAACCCCUCACAGCACCCCCAGCCCAGCACCACUUUUCUCCUGGGAUCCCCACAGGUUUUUCUGUCCCAAGGAUUGGGCCUCAGCCUCAUCCCACACGAACGGUGUUUGGGCCCCAGCCUCCCCAGCAGCCCCUUCCACUCCAGCAUCCACACCUUUUCCCAUCUCAGGCGCCAGGACUGGUACCCCCCCAACCCCCCUAUCCCUUUGCUCCUCAGCCUGGUGUCCUGGGGCAGCCACCACCCACCCUGCACACCCAGCUCUACUCAGGCCCCUCUCAGGACCCUCUGCCCCCCCACUCAGGGGCACUGCCUUUCCCUAGCCCUGGACCCCCUCAACCUCCCCAUCCCACCCUAGCAUAUGGUCCUGCCCCCUCCCCCAGGCCCAUGGGCCCCCAGGCAGCCCCUCUCUCCAUUCGAGGCCCUCCACCUGCUGGCCAGCCCACAUCCACUCCCAACCUGGUGCCUUCACCUGCCCCAUCACCGGGGCCUGGCCCAGUACCUCCUCGGCCCCCUGCAUCAGAGCCACCAUCAUGUCUGCGCCGGGGUGCAGCAGCUGCAGAUUUGCUUUCCUCCAGCCCCGAGAGUCAGCAUGGAGGCACUCAGCCCCCUGGGGGUGGACAGCCUCUGCUGCAGCCUACAAAGGUGGAUGCAGCUGAGGGCCGGCGGCCACAGGCCCUACGGCUGAUUGAGCGGGACCCCUAUGAGCACCCCGAGAGGCUACAGCAGUUGCAGCAGGAGCUGGAGGCCUUUCGGGGCCAGCUGGGUGAUACAGGGUCUCUUGACGCUGUAUGGCGGGAGCUGCAAGAAGCACAAGAGCAUGAUGCCCGUGGCCGUUCCAUCGCCAUUGCCCGCUGCUACUCCCUGAAGAACCGGCACCAGGACGUCAUGCCCUAUGACAGCAACCGCGUGGUGCUGCGCUCGGGUAAGGACGACUACAUUAACGCCAGCCGCGUGGAGGGGCUCUCGCCGUACUGUCCGCCCUUGGUGGCCACCCAGGCGCCUUUGCCUGGUACAGCUGCUGACUUCUGGCUCAUGGUGCACGAGCAGAAAGUGUCAGUCAUUGUCAUGCUGGUGUCUGAGGCCGAGAUGGAGAAGGUGAGACAGGGAGGUCGGGUGGGUGCCCAGCAGGGGCCCUGGAAACAUGCCCUAACUGCCUUGUUUGUUCCUCAGCAAAAGGUGGCACGCUACUUCCCUACAGAGAGGGGCCAGCCCAUGGUGCAUGGAGCCCUGAGCCUGGCCCUGAGCAGUGUCCGCACCACAGAGACCCAUGUGGAGCGGGUGCUAAGCCUUCAGUUCCGUGACCAGAGCCUCAAGCGCUCGCUUGUGCACCUCCACUUUCCUACUUGGCCAGAGUUAGGCCUGCCUGACAGUCCUGGCAACCUGCUCCGCUUCAUCCAGGAGGUGCAUGCUCAUUACCUGCACCAGCGCCCCCUGCACACGCCCAUCGUUGUGCACUGCAGCUCCGGGGUGGGCCGCACAGGAGCCUUUGCACUGCUCUACGCGGCUGUGCAGGAGGUUGAGGCUGGAAACGGGAUCCCUGAGCUGCCUCAGCUGGUGCGGCGCAUGCGGCAGCAGAGGAAACACAUGCUGCAGGAGAAGCUGCACCUCAAGUUCUGCCAUGAGGCGGUGGUGAGACAUGUGGAACAGGUCCUGCAGCGCCAUGGCGUGCUCCCUCCAUGCAGACCCUCAGCCAGCAUCAGUGUCAGCCAGAAGGUGAUGGAGGGAGCCCUGGAGUCUGCUGGGGACAGCUCCUGCCUUGUGGACCCCUCUUUACCCAUUCUCUCUUCUCAGAAUCACCUUCCUCCGGAUUCCCAGGACCUGGUCCUCGGUGGGGACGUGCCCAUCAGUUCCAUCCAGGCCACUAUUGCAAAACUCAGUAUUCGGCCUUCUGGGGGCUUGGAUUCCCCGGCUGCCAGCCUGCCUGGGCCUGUAGAGGCCGCAGGCCUGCCACCAACCAGCCUCCCAGAGUCCACCCAACUUCCAUCCUCGUCCCCACCGCCCCUCUCUUCACCCCUGCCUGAGGCUCCCCAGCCUGAGGAGGAACCACCAGUACCAGAAGUCCCCACCCUGGGGCCCCCCUCCUCCUCCCUGGAGCUGCUGGCCUCCCUCACUCCUGAAGCCUUCUCCCUGGACAGCUCCUUGCGGGGAAAGCAGCGAAUGAGCAAGCAGAACUUCCUGCAGGCCCAUAAUGGGCAGGGUCUGCGGGCUGCCCGGCCCACUGAUGACCCUCUUAGCCUUCUGGAUCCACUCUGGACACUCAACAAGACCUAACAGGCUUUGUCUACCUGGUCCUUACACUACUUCAUCUCCCAUGCCUGUCUCCCCUCUUGGAGCGAGGCCUAGUCUUACUCCCAUUCCUGCUGCCUUCAGCCCUACCUGGCCCGGCCUGUACCUUUGGGGUAAAGAUGCAUCACAGGUCUUGGGUCAGGUUCUGCUCCUUUGUGGGACCUGACGUUUUUCAGCUCUUUGCUAUUGAAUAAACAGACCUGUUCUGUG